AUGGACCAGAACAACCACAGCUCUUCAAAUGUUUUUAUUCUGCUUGGCUUCUCAGAUCAUCCAAAAUUGGAGAUGAUCCUCUCCGUUGUUGUCUCCAUCUUCUAUGUUAUUACAUUGGUGGGUAACACAGCUAUCAUUCUCUCAUCCCUCAUGGAUUCCCAGCUCCACACACCGAUGUACUUCUUCCUCAGAAAUUUAUCUUUCCUGGACCUGUGUUUCACUACAAGCAUCAUCCCCCAGAUGCUGGUUAACUUGUGGGGACCUGAGAAGACUAUCAGCUCUGUCGGUUGUGUUAUUCAGCUUUAUGUGUAUAUGUGGUUUGGCUCCAUUGAGUGUCUUCUCUUGGCUGUCAUGUCCUAUGAUCGUUUCACAGCUAUUUGUAAGCCCUUGCAUUAUUCUGUAAUCAUGAACCCACAUCUGUGUCUCAAGAUGAUUUUCAUGGUCUGGAGUAUUAGUUUGGCCAACUCUGUGUUACUGUGCACACUCACAGUGACUUUGCCUAGGUGUGGAAACAACCUUCUGGACCACUUCUUGUGUGAGUUGCCAGCGAUGAUCAAGAUAGCUUGUGUAGACACCACCACAGUUGAAAUGUCUGUUUUUGCUCUAGGCAUUGUCAUCGUCCUUACACCCCUCAUCCUUAUUCUUACUUCCUAUGGCUACAUCGCCAAAGCUGUGCUGAGAAUGAAGUCCAGGGCAGGGCGUCAUAAAGCAGUGAAUACCUGUGGAUCUCAUCUCACAGUGGUGACCAUGUAUUAUGGAGCUAUUAUCUACCUGUACUUGCAACCAGGCAACAGUGCCUCCAAGGAACAAGGAAAGUUUUUCACCCUCUUUUACACCAUCAUCACUCCCAGCCUCAACCCCCCCAUUUAUACAUUAAGAAAUAAGGAUAUGAAGAAUGCACUGAAGAAACUGAUUGGGAUUAAUGUCAAAUCUACAAAAAUAAGGAAAUUUUUGAAGUGA